GGUUGGACAUGUGGCUUAAAAGCACUUACCUGUUGCUCCUGCUGGGCCUGCCCUGGAGCAGUGCCAACUGGGUGAAGAUGUACGACGAGAACUACCACCGGCCCGUGUACUACAAUCCUGGGCACAGCAAAGCGAAUCACGUGAACUACAAUCGCGCGCAGCUGGAGGAGCGCGACAUGGAGCACGAGGCAGAGGCAAAAACGAGAGACGAAUUCGAUCCCGCAGUGCACAAGACCUACUACGUGCACAUCUACUACAAGGGCUCGCUCUUUUGCUCGGGGGCGUUGAUAUCGCGCCGAAUGAUCAUCACCUCGGCGCGCUGCUUCCUGCCGCCCACGACGGAGCCGGUGCGCGAGUACAAGGCCAAGUACAUGUACGUUCUGACGGGCGCGGACAUUGGUCACCGCACCACGACGGUGCCGCACGCGGUGAACGCCUUCUACAUGCCUGGCCACAAGGAGAACGGCACGGCCAAUGACAUCGCCCUGAUCUCGCUGACCAAGAAGCUGGACCGCGAUACGUACCGCUACAUCAAGCUGUACCGCAAGAUACCCAAGGCGGGCGACAGUGUCCGAAUGGCCUUCCUGAACCCCAUGGAGUACGAGAUAACGCUCCACGACACCAAGGUGGUGGACAUGGAGCGCUGCAAGCACACCUACGAGGGGCUGGGCUUCCGGGAAUUCCUCUUCGAGCCGGAGUACUACUGCGUGAGCAAUAUGAAGCAUUCCGUGAAAUCGGCCUGCAACACCCGCCCCGGGGAUCCGCUGAUCAUAGACAAUCAGCUGGCGGCGAUUAACAUCUUUGGCGAGCACUGCGACGAGGAGGAGGACACCGACACCAUGGACAUAUAUUUCGGCGUGAGGCACACCAUCAAGUUCAUCCAGCUGGCCACGGAUGCCCUGCGGGCCUUCACGGGCACGGGUCCCUUCAAUGAGUCGAUGCAGACGACAACCCCCUCGGCUCUUGCCCUGGCCAUUAAGCAGGUUAAAUGAAUAUUUAGUUGGUCGCAAUAAAGGGUCAAUCAAUUUCCUGCA